UCAGGGCUUCGAGCAUGGGGAGGGUGACAACUUCAAGAAAGUCGUCGAUUUUUUGAAAGCUCGGAAGGACAUGCCCAAUGUGAGGGAUCAGGUACAUGCUGUCUGGCUUUGUUUCCAAGUAUCCGUGUCUGAAGGUGAUCGGUUGUUCGAGGCUGGGGUGGAGGAGUUAUUCCGCAUGAAGUCCAAAGGAGAACUUGGCCCUGUUCCUGUGAUCACCGUGUUUACGAAGUAUGAUCGGCUGGUAACACAGGUUAAGUUUGGUAACAACAAUGAGUUCAUGCACCGCACGAAAACCUUGGAUGCAGACGCGCGCAAUGCACUUCUGGUCAAAGAGGCAAAUGAAAGGUUCGAAACACUUUGUGUCCGUCCCUUCAGGGCGGUGGUCGGCCCAGAUGUCCCCCACAUUUCUGUCUCAACUAAGAAAGAAUACAUAAAUACCUUGAAGGACCUUACUGCACUCACCGCAAAAUACGUAAAAGAAUGCCUCGCGGUUGACGUUGCGGAAGAAGUCGCGGUGCUCUCUGCUGUUGCUCAACGCGUGAACCCAGCUAUGAAGAUCGAUGCGGUGAUUGCAAUUGGCAAGAAGCGAUAUUGGAGGGGCCUUGCUUCCAGCGCGAACUUCCCGGGGAAAACUAUAGACGCAUGCCUUCGAGUUUUACACACUGAUAUUGUGCGAGUGUGGAAUAUGCAGGAUGAAUUUGGGCAUCUCGAGAGCAAAGAGUUCAGGGCAUUAAUGACCACACUUGCGGGAGAGCAAUAUGACGAGCUGUCGGAUCCCAAUACGACAAUUAUUCGCGCUUCCCCGCUGUUUGUUGCUUUAACUGGACUCGUUGGGGGUUUAUCCGGACCCGCUGCUCCUAUUGUGAUUCCUAUCGCUGCAGUUGUAGUCCUCGCAAAGUGGGGAUACGAUGUAUAUAAGCAAUCGGAGCUUAUCGUACAACGUCUAAUGGCGUACAUCGUUGAUUUCACCAUCAUCAUGCAAAUCAUCUUUGGCCUCGUGGUUAACGCCCAACUGCACCUUACCCGUCGCCUGAUCAAGCUUGCCUUCGCCACGUACAACUGUUCACUAGAAAGAAGAGCUGUCCACAAUGAGAUUCGGGAUCAUGUGAAGUUGGCAGGUCGCGCCGACCGGGAUGCAGCACUUGCGGAGAUGCUUCGACUGAUCAAGAACUACCAGAUGAACCCUGAGGACAUGGACAAGCUACAAUUCACGAUGGGGGAGGGGUUUGAUAAUGAUGAAGAUGAGCCCUGGGACGUCCCCAAAGCUGAAAAUCAUCAUGCUCGUGCUUAUUUUGAUAAAAUCCCUCUUGUUCUACAAGAUAUAUCGGAUUGGAGGGGCUCUUCAAUGUGUCACAGACUUGAGAACAACAAUUUCAACGACAUUGAAGUUGCUUCCGAUUUCCAAGAAAUCUUUGGCGUCGGGAAUUUGCUUUCUGUGAUGUUGGACGUCAUGUAUGAGGGGCCUACUGUCUCAAUUUGCUUCGUGAUAGUGAUGAGCACUGAGUAG